GUUUUGCACUGUUGUUAUCAGUUGCGUGCAUCUUCUGUUUAUCGCCACCCAGUCUCAGAGCUAAGUUAAUUUUGAUGUUGCUGAAUCGGUGGCAGACACCAGGCUGGGACUUGAAGCGAGGUCCUUUUUUUCACAAAUGGACCCGUUGUAGAGAAGACGCCGGUUUCUUAUUGUUUGCAAUCGCCGACAGUAUCCUGUUCUCACGGUCUCGCUCUACUUAGCUGCUAUUUUUUAACGUUUUCAACAAACCAAGAGUGGCGAUGGCUCGCGGUCUCUCCGCAGCUCCUCACUGACCCGCCAAUCGCGGCGCCCUCUGCCGGCCGACAGGAGCGCGCCAGCUACAACAACAAUAGCAACAACAACCAACAAGUGAAUUAGGGAUGGAGACGGGUGGACAGCGCCCCGCGGCGUACAUGGGCUACAGCUACACAGACCCGGACAUCAUCCUGCAGCAUUACAACUAUACCGGCAAACUGAGGGUCAGCACUGGACUCACUGUCUCGUCCAUCUGCUUCAUUGUCAUCUGCUGCUUCAUCAUCCUGGAGAACCUCAUGGUGUUGCUGGCCAUCUGGCAGACCAAAAAGUUCCACCGCGCCAUGUACUACUUCAUCGGCAACCUGGCACUCUCGGACCUGCUGGCCGGCGCUGCCUACACCGUCAACAUCCUGCUGUCAGGCUCCAACACCUACAGGCUGACCCCGGUGCAGUGGUUCCUGAGGGAGGGCAGUAUGUUUGUGGCCCUCGCUGCUUCGGUGUUCAGCCUGCUGGCUAUUGCCAUCGAGCGCUACCUGACCAUGCUGAAGAUGAAGCCACACAGCUCAGGGGGCAGCUCCCGAGUCUUCCUGCUCAUCAGUGGCUGCUGGCUCCUGUCCAUGCUCCUGGGCGGCCUGCCCAUCAUGGGCUGGAAUUGCCUGCAGGGCUUCCCGCACUGCUCCACUGUGCUGCCCCUCUACCACAAGCACUACAUCCUGUUCUGCACAACCGUCUUCAGCUUCAUCUUGCUUGCCAUCGUGCUGCUCUACGCCCGCAUCUAUGUCCUGGUGCGCUCCCGCAGCCGCAGCUUCACCUUCCGCAAGGACCUGCGCACCAAGAGCAGCGAGAAGUCCCUGGCUCUGCUCAAGACAGUGAUGAUCGUGCUGAGCGCCUUCAUCGCCUGCUGGUCUCCGCUCUUCAUCCUCCUGCUGCUCGAUGUGGCGUGUCAGGCACGAGGCUGUCCGGUGCUCUACAAGGCCCAGUGGUUCCUGGCCUUGGCCGUGCUGAACUCGGCCAUGAACCCAGUCAUCUAUACGCUGACCAGCCGGGAGAUGAGGCGGGCAUUCUUCCGCCUGCUGUGCUGCCUGUGUCGUCGUGGACCGGCCUGGCGGCACAAGCCCCCGCUCACCAUCGCUCUGGAGUUCAGCCCCAGCAGGUCGGACAACUCGUCUCAUCAGCAGAAGGACGAGUGCUGCACGCCUGAGACCUUGUUGUCCUCAGGCAAUGUUAACUCCUCAGCAUGAGGGUGCAGGGGAGGCUGCAACAGAGGUGGGGGAGCAGACAGUGAAGAAGGGUGGGAAGGUCAGGACGCACAAAAACUACUCUGCUGGACAUACCCAGGUUAUAGCUACUCAUCCUCUCAACCUCUGGUGUUGAAAUGUAAUCCUCACCUUUUACACCAGUAAAAAGGCAAAGACAUUGGGACCAAGCACUGGAGUUCAGAAAUUUUGUCUUAUUACUCCAAUAUGGGAGAGGUCUCUUUUUUUAAAAAAAAGUGCAUGGACAAUUUUCUUCUGGACUUUUGAAAGGAGAUAAAUUCUAUUUUAAGAGAAAAGUACCUACCGAGACCUGGUCUGCUUCAGGAUUUUAUGUCUCAAGACAGUAUCGUUCUUUGGGAGUCAUAGUACCGAACAUGCAGAUCUUUGGAUUAGUUGCCCAGAAUCUAGGGCUAAUGAUGGGAUGCAGAGCAUUUCAUGAAAAAACAGACAUGCCCAACUGCUUGGUUUCUGAAUGACUUUGGUGAAGUUACCUUCUGUAAAGACUGAGUAUUUUAGAGAUGCCUUAUAGAUUCUACUGUACAUGUAUUAAAACAAACAUUCAAAUGCAUUAUGUAAUGUAAGAUAAGAAGAAUAUAGUAUCAAAUUGUUGAAAAUGAAGGAUAUUACUAACUAGUCGCGACUGUAUCAUUUUGAAUGUAUCAAAUUGUCAUUCCACUCUUCAACCAUACAAUAUUAACCUCUUCAUUUAUUAAUUUAUUAACAUUUGCGAAAUUUAAAUACAACUUUUCCAGAUUUGUUGCAUAGCAUUACAAUGAAAGGUUACAUUUUAGAUACUUGACUGAACAAAAUGAUUUGUCUAAAUUAUUCAACUUUUGUAAUUAGGGAUUGACACAAAGUGGCAUGUUUUAUUCCAAACUGCAAAUAGAAUUUUUCAACAAAUAAUGUGAAAAUGGCAUUCAUGUGAAAAUGCACACAAUAUAUGUAAAUACAUAUUCCUUUUAAUUCAACAAUUGUUUUGAGAUUUUGUUUAUUUUGAAACAUCUUUUACACCAGUACAACGCACUAAUCAAUCAAUUGUUCGCUCAGAUUUGUUUAUUAAAAUUGGGGCAUCUUAUCAACAUGACUUAUUUGGCCUGGUGGGAUAAAUUGGGAAAAUCAAGGCCAGGGAUUAUCAUAUUAGUGACUUCUUAUGGUUGUAGUUCAUGGAGUCCCAUCUAGAAGUUAUUUCUGAUAAUUCAUUCAAAUUUUCCACUUACAGAAAAUUAGCCAAUUAUUGGAAUUAAAGAAUGCAAACCAUAA